CUACAAGAAGGUAGUAAGGAAAGAAUUCAAAGCAGAAGGUGAGAAAGAAAAGCAAAGAAAGCUGCAGUGUAGAUCAGGAGUAGAAUACCUUCGUCAUUUUUCGCUCUCUUUGUCAUUGUUGCAGAGAAGUAUUUUGAGAGUGGAUUUAGAAGGGAAAAAAUCCAAACAAAAUGGAGAGGAGCACUCCAGUGAGGAAACCACACAUUUCAACAGCAGAUCUGCUCACUUGGUCCGAAACUCCUCCCACCAAUUCCCCCGUCACCGCUCCACACUCGACCCGCCCUCACCAGCCGUCGGAUGAGAUCAGAAAAGCGGUAUUCGGUGGUCAAGUGACCGAUGAAGAAUUUGAAAGCUUAAACAAACGGAAACCUUGUUCUGGAUAUAAAAUGAAGGAGAUGACUGGUAGUGGUAUUUUUGCAGCCAAUGGAGAAAAUGAUGAGUCUGAACCAGGUAGUGCCAACCCCAUUUCAAACAGCAAAACAGGACUACGAAUGUACCAGCAAACCUUAGCUGGAAUCAGUCACAUCUCAUUUGCUGAGGAAGAGAGUAUUUCUCCCCAAAAGCCAACUACUCUAACCGAGGUGGCGAAGCAGCGUGAGCUAAGUGAAACACUGGACAGUGAGGAAGCAAUGUUGAAGAAACAGCUCUCUGAUGCAAAGUGCAAGGAGCUGAGUGGACAUGACAUCUUCGCGCCCCCACCGGAAAUUUUGCCCAGGCCGACAACCGUACCUGCAUUGGCGUUGAAGGAUAAUUUUAAAAUGGGAGAACCUGAUACACAUAAUUCUGCCGGAGGUAGCAUGUCAAGUGAGGAGGAUGUGGUUAAGACAGCAAAGAAAAUUUAUGAUAAGAAAUUUGCUGAACUAUCAGGAAAUGGCAUAUUUAAGGGUGAUAUUCCUCCAGGUUCUGCAGAGAAACCAUUCAGUGGCGCAAAACUGCGAGAGAUGAGUGGCAGCAACAUCUUCGCUGAUGGGAAGGUGGAGUCUCGAGUCUACCUUGGCGGUGUACGCAAACCCCCGGGUGGUGAAAGCAGCAUUGCUUUGGUUUAACUUAUUAGGUCCUAAUCAUGGUGUUUUUCUGUUAUUUUCAUUGGGGGUGUGUUUAUAUUAUUUGAGAGUUUUCAUUGUGGGUUCUGGAAAUUAUAUUUUAGGUUUACCAUGUCAACUUGAUCUAUGGACCUAUGCUAAUUGCUGUGCUUGUCCAUGAGUCCUUGGUUUUCAGUCCCGUUCCAGUGAACGUAUGUUUCAGAUUUAA